GGACAGCAACUCUCAGGAAGAUCUCUGCAGCAGAUCACAGCGCUCGUCUGCAGGCACAAUGGCAGGAAGUUCCCUCAGCUUCACUUUAUGUAACUGGCUUUGUGCAGGAUUCACCGUUCUCCUUUUGAUUGCCUUUCCUGUCGCCCAGCUCACUGUGGGUGUAGUGUACAUGGAUGAGUGUCCAGCAGCACCAGCUGUCCCAGUGUACAUGAUGGUUUGUGGGAUAUCAGCCCUGCUGCUGAUGGGCCUGUUAGCUUUGCCAAGGAUCCUCUUCCCAGCAGCAGAAGGUCACACAGUCUGGGCGCUGGGGAUCCUGAGCCUGAUCCUGUUCAUCUUCAUCUGGUUCUUCUAUGGUAGUUACCAGAUUUAUUCGAUAUAUCCACCCAACUAUGAUAAGAACAUCACCGGCUCAGUCAGCUCAGCUGACCUCAUCUAUACUCCCACUGCCCCUCACAGCAAACACCUGCUCACCACAGACAACCAGAGCCUUCCAAACCUCAACCACACCUGGAUUAUCAGCAGCAACCAGACUUUCAGGAAGCUGAUUCACAGCUCUUUCCUCAGCAGCUUUAACAGGAAAAUGGAAGGGGAGCAGCCACAGGCCGCACAAAUACGUCCUUUCGUGGCUGAAAAGGCUUACUGCCACAGAAAUAUGUACCUGUUUGCUUUCUGGACCACAACACUGACCUAUGCACUCGCAGCAAACACCUUGCUGAUUGUCCUCUGCCUGCUUGCUUUCACUAAAUUUGUAGAAUAUAUCACUACCAGGAUUUAA